AUUAUUCAUCGGCCCUCAAUUUUCCUUUUCGAAAGCUACAUAAUACGUCGAAAAAAGCUGUUUUUGAGCUAAUUGCUUCAUACUCAAUGGCCGGUUUUUCAAGAAAUGUGUUUGUAAUGGCAAUUCUGUUUUCCAGUCUAUUGAGCUUCACAGAAGCCAGAGACCAUUUGGUUGGUGGAAAAACUGAUUCUUGGAAAAUCCCAACCUCCGAAUCGGAUUCCCUCAAUCGUUGGGCUGAAAAAUCGCGAUUCCUAGUUGGAGAUUCUCUUGUGUGGAAGUAUGAUGGGGCAAAAGAUUCAGUUUUGGAAGUGAGCAAGAGGGAUUAUGUGACAUGUAACACAUCAAGUCCAAUUGCAAUGCAUAAUGAUGGGAACACAAAGAUAGUGUUGGAACAUUCAGGGGCAUAUUAUUUUAUUAGUGGUGUGAAGGGGAAUUGUGAGCAAGGACAAAAUUGGUUGUGGUGA